CAUCUCAGUCCCUAAUAUACGCCUCCUUCAACAUCUUGUCAAUCUCUCACUGACAGCAUCCCACAAUGGCAGCUCGAAAGAUCGCGACCUCCUUAGAGUCGAGGUACACAAUGCUCGACGGCCGCAAGGUUCCCGCAUUCGGCUUGGGCGUGUACGAGAUGUCGGGCCCGCAGACACGCGCCGCCGUCGCGUGGGCCCUCGAAGCAGGCUACCGCCACAUCGACACGGCCGAGUGGUAUGAGAACGAAGCGGCGGUCGGCGACGGCGUGCGCGACUUCCUCGCGUCGUCCGGCGUGUCGCGCGACGACAUCUUCGUCACCUCCAAGCUCAUGCACAACCGCGGAUACGAUGCGGCGCUGCGCGACCUGCGCGCGUCGCUGCGCCGCGCCCGGCUCGACUACUUCGACUUGUACCUCCUGCACGCGCCGAGCGGGGGCAGCGCGAUGCGCGCGGAGCUGUGGCGCGCCAUGCUCGACGCCAAGAAGGCGGGGCUGAUCAAGAGCGCUGGCGUGUCGAAUUUCUCUCGUGAGGCCACCAAGCAUAUCGAGGAAAUCGUCGCGCGCGGAGACGAACUCCCCGUCGUUAACCAGAUCGACCUGCAUCCGUUCCAGCGCCAUCUCGAGUAUGUCGAGAGCUGUCGGAAACACGGCAUCCUUCUUGAGGCAUGGGCACCACUCGCGCGCGCUAUGCGCUUCGAGCACCCCGUCAUCGAGACCGUCGCGGAGAAAUACUCCAAGACGCCCGCGCAGAUCCACCUCCGCUGGGGUCUGCAGCAUGGAUUCAUCGUCAUCCCCAAAUCGGCCUCGCGCAACCGCAUCAUCGAGAAUUCGCGCGUGUUCGACUUUGAGCUGUCCGCCGAUGACAUGGAGCAGCUUGAUGCAUUGGACGAGAACCUCGUCACGGACUGGGAUAUCACCAAGCUCGACUAGCCUGCUGCAUUAUGUGCCGAGGUGUCAUGAUUAGGCUUUUGCAUUGUCUACCGCCGCCGC